AUGUAAUUUAUACAUCGAAAGUCGGCUAAACAUUGUUCAAUAAAACCAUGGUUUUGGAACAACAUCCACCGCCAUCGCAUACACAACCAUCUCAACCGUUGCCGUCUCAAUCAACUAAAGCAUCUGCUUCUCCCCCUCUUCAUACGCAAUUAUCGCCAUUACAUUCGUCGUCACCUGCUAAUCACAAUAUUACUAUCAAUAAUACCAAUUCGAAUAAUAAUCGCUUACCUAAUAUGCCGCCUGAAGGUUUACAUCCCACCGCUGCUUUACAAUUGUACGCUGCUGCAGCUCAAUUGGCUCCCGCCGGUGUUCGUGUACCUCAUUGGAGCCCCUUUUUGCAAUUCGGUGUGCCCGGAGUUUUUGGAGGAGCUCCUUUUUUAGGCAGGCCAAGAUUUGAAAGUGCUGCUCCGCCUAAUGCGGCGGCCGCAGCUGCCGCUUCGCAGAUGGCUGUUAACGCUAGCAAUGCUUUUGCUAAUCUAACUGGUCUUAUGCGAAAUGUUUCAGCGGUACAGACUACAGCUGUAGCGGCCGUGGCUACCGCGGCUAUUCAACAACGUUUAAUGAUCGGUAAUAGACAAAACCUUCCACCCGCCGGUCCACCAAGUGAGGGCUCCAAUGAAGAUGCCGGUUUUUCUGGUGACGGUGACGAUGAAAACAGUGCCUCCUCAAAGCGUCGUAGAUCCCGUACGAAUUUUAAUUCAUGGCAAUUGGAGGAGUUGGAGAGAGCCUUCUCGGCCAGUCAUUACCCGGAUAUCUUUAUGCGUGAAGCUUUGGCCAUGAGAUUGGAUUUGAAGGAAAGUCGUGUUGCGGUAUGGUUCCAGAAUCGACGAGCCAAAGUUCGAAAACGUGAACAUACAAAAAAAGGUCCAGGCCGACCUGCACACAAUGCGCAACCUCAAACGUGUUCUGGUGAACCAAUCCCGCCAAAUGAAUUGAAAGCGAAAGAGAGAGCGAGACGAAGGAAAAAAUUGGCCAAAGCUAUCGACAGGCAAGCGAGAAAACUGCAAGCCAAAGGUAUUACUGUAGAUUUAGAGGCUCUCAAGGCUGAAUACAUAUCACAACACAAAGCCAAUGGCACUUUUUCCGAUUCAGAUCUCGAAGACGAUAGCAUACAAAUCGAUGUUGUUGGAGGCACUGAAAGCGAUGAUGAUUGCGAUGACUUAUCAUCGUUUCAAAGUCCACGCAGCAGCAGCGAUCAUCUAACUAGUAGUAAUAAUAACAAUAGCAGUCAUCAUCAAUGCUCGUAUACGCCCAGUGAUAGUCCGACCGGUAUUGGCAGUCCGCACUCUCAACACGACGUUAACGAUGAAGCCAAUGAACCGAAUAUCGGUGGUUCACCAGAUGGUUGUGAUAAGGCAUAUUUAUAUUCUCCUAAAGCGGUGGCAGCAGCGGCAGCAACAAGUUUCCAUUUAAAUCUUCAAAAUACUGUUAAUAUCUCGCCCAAUCAUCAUCAUCAUCAUCACCAUCAUCAUCAUCAUCAUCAUCAUCAACAAACUUCACCGAUUAGUUUAAGACGUAGUAAUCCGUUUAGCAUAGAAUCUUUGUUAUUUAACAAUACAUGAGUUUUGUAGACAUAAAUAGUUGAAUAAAUGAGGAGAGGAAGAGAGAAAGAUUUUAGAGAUCCCCGAGUACUCACAUUAGAAGAUCAUUACAAAUCAUUUACGAUAUCUCUUGCAAUGUGCAGAGUGUCUACAUGGGCUACAAUAAAUUUAAUGUGCUAUAUGAAGAGAGAAGCAAUUAUUUAGCGCCAUUGAAUUGCGUUUUACACAGAAAAGGCCUCAAAAUGUGUACACACACACACACAUACAAAAUGAGAAAAUAAACUAAAAAAAAAA